AUGAAACAGCAAACGAAACCCCGGCCGAUUCACGUCCUCUCACCCCCACCUGAUGGUCAUACCCCCAAUGAGUUUGACUGGGCACUCCGAGAAUACACAGGCUCGAACGCAUCAAAUCCUUCGCUCAGUCUCACCCAAGGUUCCUGCGAUCUUACCAAAGAAAGUGAACUAUCCAUACCGCCUUCGAGGGGAGGAUACGACAACCAAGAGACGCCGGGCAUGGAUAUUGAUGAAGGUCAUUCCAUGGCUAGUCCUUCAAAAACUCCAUCACCCGCCUGCGACCGCGCCGAAGGGAUGAAUUCCGGCAGAUCAGAUGGACUUGCACCUCAUGAAUCUCCAACUGGCACCAUACAAGAAUGUGUGGAUGAAAUGGAAGUCACGGAGAUUGAAGGAGAUGCACAUCAAGAUCUUGCGGACAACAACGUUAACGCUGACCAUCCAGCUUCUGAAAGUCUCACACACACUCCGAAGCCCCUCCCAAGUCUCUUCUAUCCCACUCUUGAUUCCAAUCCACGAGACACGCCGACGCCAAUGAGCAGAAGAGCGGUGAGAAUGGCCGAGGCGAAAGUAAGAGGAAGAUCCCCCAGCAUUCAAUCUACCAACAAUAUCCAAAGCCACCAAUGCCGGUCAAAAUUGCACUCAAUGGCGGAAGAUGCCCCUGACGACACCGAUUCUGAUACCCCUUAUAAGUCACCUGCAAGCGACGGAAAUUUCAGAGAGCCUGACUACGAGUCCGAUUGUGUGGCUCCCAACAAUAUCCAGAAUGGACAAUCCCUGCCGAAGAUGCAGCCGACGGUCGAAGAUGCCCCCGAUGAUACUGAAGGCAAUUUUGGAGAUUCUGACAUCGAGUCCGCCAUAGACGGGGCUCUCGGAUUUUUGCAGGGCAUUCCUUCCGGUAAUGAGAAGUGUCCAUCCAGUGACGAGAAUGUCAUGAGUCUUAAGCCAAACUGGAGCGCAUCGGGCUCGACAAAUUCAUCCAUCAAUGACCUACCUGAGCUGCCUUGUGAAGAAAGCGCAAAUAGGUCCACCAUAUUUUUGGGGAAUCUCAGACCUCUUGGCAAGGGAAGGGAUGGAAAUCAAGAUUACAACGACUCGACCUCAGAGGAUGUUCGCGAGACCUCAACUUCGGAAGGAAUCUCACGAUGUUCAACGGAGGAUAUUGUUCACUCCAAGACAAGGGCUCCAUAUAAUUCAAAGGAGGAUAAAUGGGAAGGUCGCUUUUCUUGCCAUCCUGACCUAUCCGCCCUUCCACCAGGAAAGAAAGAUGACAUUGAAAGACAGUGCAGACGCAUUCUAUGUCCUGAUCUACCUGAUUUCUUGGGACAGCAUACGAAGUCUUGGAUAUCCUCCGGAUUUUGGCGUUCUCCGUCACUCGACGUUUCUCGCCAUGCUCAUUACACUCCAACCAACGCGAAAGGUUUCGCAAUCUGGAGAUAUGUAGAGGCCAUGCAGGCAGACGAGGGGACAUACUAUCUCAAAUCCCGGCUUGCGGAUAUUAUGCUCUACUUGGAGUACGUCGGAGAGCUUGAUCGACAAAAAGAAGCCGACCACCCAGGCCGGACUGCGAAAAUCCGGGCCGCAAACAUCAUAUACCGCACAGGAUCUCUUCCGAAAGCAGUUGCGGACAAGACUCGCAAGACUUUCCAUGAGCACAAGUUAGUUGGUGAGGCGUUGGUGGUGGUGUGGAUGCUACAUGGGGCGUGGAUUAUUCCUCUUGUGUAG